AGCUUACUGAGACUUCGAGUCGUCGCAACGUGCCUUGAGUUUGUCGUUGUAGUUAGUGUGUACGAACUGUUGUGCGUUUCUCGAGACUUGUGCCUUAUUUAUUGGAUUAUAUUUUGUGUUUUCGUUUUUGGAGUACCUAUGCCUGUUACUAUCAUGGCUAAGAACUAUUCGCAUUGCCCCUUGAAAAAGAGGCCGAUUGUCUAUGAUGACAUACCUGAAGAACCGGAAAAUCUUUCCACCAAACCGGAAGAUCUCAGCAGAACCGGCCGACUGGACUCAGUCUCGCCUUCAUCAUCCCCUACGCUAUCCACAUCAGCGUCUCCUCAAUCAUCUAUGAUCGACUCACCCCCAGCAUCACCCCCGAUGUCGUCACCAUCACCAACACACUUCAUGUACCAACCCCCAAUCAAAGUUGAACCUCGUCUGGAGUACCCGAUACCAAUUAGCCCGGAGUACGCCCCGCAGACAUGGCACAGAAGCGUGGCACCUCCGAUGUACCACCCAGCCUACCAUCACCCUUACAUGCCGUACCCUUAUCAUCACGAGAGCGUCUACAUGGGGCCCACUUCUCCGUACAGCGACAGUUCCCUUUCACCACCGCACCAGAUGCAGCAGCCUUUGCAGCCUCUAGCUUUGAGGCCCACUGUGUACUCUUCAAUGGACCAAAGCUCCUUGAGCCCCAAUUCUUCCACCACAUCACCACCUCCUCAAACGGUACCUUCUGCGGAAGAUUUGUCUGAGAAGAGGAGGCAAGGCAUCAGACACCAAUGUCCGGACUGUGGCAAAAGCUACUCCACCUUCUCAGGGUUGUCCAAGCACAGACAGUUCCACUGCGCUGCAGGUGACGGUCCCAAGAAGUCCUUCAGCUGCAAGUACUGCGAGAAGAUCUACGUCUCUCUGGGAGCCCUCAAGAUGCACAUCCGCACCCACACCCUGCCUUGCAAAUGUACCAUCUGCGGCAAGGCGUUCUCCAGGCCGUGGCUGCUUCAAGGCCACAUCAGGACCCACACAGGAGAAAAGCCUUUCUCGUGCACGUACUGUAACAGGGCGUUCGCAGACAGGUCGAACCUCAGAGCCCACUUGCAGACCCACUCUGAUGUCAAGAAGUACUCUUGCUCCACCUGCAGCAAAACCUUCUCGAGGAUGUCUCUGCUCACGAAGCACACAGAGGGAGGGUGCACGCUGAUGCACCUGGAGAAGAUGUGCUAGUCUUGUUAUUUCGUAUUUAUUGUUUUUUUGUCUACAUUCCCACUGGUGCCCUGCAGUAUUUAUAUCUCACAGUGCCUUUUAUGAUAAAGACUGAGGAUCUUGUACAAAUGCCGCGAGUAGGUUAGGUUAGAAAGAGAGAAGUUAAUAUAUAUCUUGUACAUAGUCUCGCUGGUGAAUGCGUCGAAUUAUUUUCUAGUCAAGGGAAGCGUUGAAGCUUCUUUAAUGUUAUAUUGCCAUUGUAUAGUGCCUUACUUUUAGAAUACAUACAGAUUUUAUACUAUUUAAAUAAACAGUUAUUUAUA